GGAAUCUAUACUUUGUAAAAAUUGUAAUACAGAAAUAUUACAAUAAAAUAUAACUAUGCAUGAGCUUUAUUGUGCUUAAAAUAUCAAAAAGUGCAGUAUAUGCGAAAUAAACUUUGAUUCCAAUAAUCAAGAGGAACAUUUAAAUUAUCAUUUAAAGAAUACAUGCUAAAACUGCAAUGUCUUUUAAAGUAAAAUUGUCAUCUAUUGUAACUCAAUUAGAGGAUCUUUUUAAUCAUAAAUGUAAAUAAUGCCAAUAUUGCUCGCAAUUUUAUUCACUACAAGAACUUGAAGAUCAUUUAGAAUAAUGUAAACUUAUUAUAACAAAAUGUUUAUUUUGUGGGGAAGCAAUUUAAAAUAAGGUUUUGGAGUUGCAUAGGCCAUAUUGCUAGCAGUAAUAUGAGAAAGGAAAAUUCAAAUGUGAAUAUUGUAAAGAAUACUUUAAUAGUAACAUUUUAUAUAUCAUAUAGGCUUGUAAAAUUUGAAAUAUCAUCAAAAGACUUGUGAAAAAGAUCAAUAGCUGUGUCCAUAUUGUAAUUUGAACUUGAUGCCUGAUUUUAAGGAGGAACAUAUCAAAAUUUGCGAGAGUAGAACCGAGCCCUGUUCAUUUUGUAAGGAAAGGAUUUUAUUAAAGAAUAAACCAACUCACGAAUUAAAUUGCUUUUAAUCAAAAUAAUAUUAUGCCUAAAAUAAAAUAGAAAAUUAUCAAGCAACACAAAUACAAUAUGAAUAAAUUACAGAUGAAUACUUAGAAGAAUACCUAAAAUUAAAUGAUUUUGAUUAUUGAAAUAAUGUGG